AAAUUUUAUGGGUAAUGGAAACAAGCCAUUUUGAGCAAUAAUCUUCUCUUCGCUAGAAUCCCAGCAUCCAAACUCCCAAACUCGCGGAAAAUCUCUCCGACAACGUCCAAACUCAGAAUUUCACGCUUCUCGAUCUAAAAAUCUCUCUUACAAUCCCCAAAAUCCCAACUCUAAACCCUACUCUCUCUCUCUCUCUCUCUCUCUCUCUAAAAGUCUUCAAUGUCGAAACAAUUCAAUGUCCCACCGGUUGUCUUCCGCUCCGGUGGCAACCACCCAAAUCCCACAGCCCCAUUCCAGCCAAAAACCUCGAACCCAAUCCCUUUCAUGUCCUUCGACGUGGGUUCUUCGGCUCCCCCAUCUACUACCACCACCACCUCCUUCAACACCCCAAUUGUCAGCUCCAGUUUCGAUGAAGAACCACCCCUCCUCGAGGAAUUAGGCAUCAAUACCAAGCAAAUCUGGACCAAAACCAUCUCCAUUCUCAACCCAUUUCGGAUAAACCCGGAUCUCCACGAGGACGCCGAUUUAUCGGGUCCGUUCUUGUUCCUUUUGGCUUUUGGGCUCUUCCAAUUGCUUGCCGGGAAGAUCCAUUUCGGUAUAAUCUUGGGUUGGGUUACUGUUUCUGCGAUUUUUCUAUACGUUGUUUUUAAUAUGCUGGCGGGUCGGAAUGGGACUUUGGAUCUGUACAGGUGUGUGAGUUUGAUUGGGUACUGUAUGCUUCCCAUGGUGAUGUUAUCGGCUCUCUCGCUGUUUGUUCCUCGAGGUGGGUUUGUGGUUCCGGCAAUGGCGGCGGUCUUCGUGGUGUGGUCUGCUCGGGUGUGUACAAGGCUUUUGGUGGAGGUGGCCAGGUGGGAUGAGCACCGUGGGUUGGUUGCCUAUGCUUGUUUCUUGAUCUACAUGCUGUUUUCUUUAUUGGUAAUAUUUUGAAUUGGAUAAAGAUUUCUUUCUUCAUGGGUUUGGUUUUCUGAUGAUAUAGAAGGAUAUUUCCAUUGUAUACUGCUGACUGUGUAGACAAUGUUAAAGGAAGAAUAGCAAUUGUUAGCAAUUCCCAAAUUAAAAUGCUUGUUAUCUGGUAGUUCUGGAAUUUAAUUGCCUUCUAAUUAUCUUUAAUUAUUGCAUACACAUUCUUAUUA